CCACUAAACAAUUCAUAUUAGGGCGCUACUAGAUUUGGUACCUAUAUCUCCCAUAAAAUUCAACUGUCGAUUCCAUUUUAUCAGAAGAACAAAGAGGGCAUAGACAGCUGCAAAAAUGGUGGUUAGGCUGAGAUUGUCGAGGUUCGGGUGCAAGAACAAGCCAUUCUACAGAGUGAUGGCUGCCGACGGCAGAUCUCCCAGAGACGGCAAGCAUUUGGAAGUCCUCGGUUACUAUAACCCCCUACCCGGUCAAGAUGGUGGGAAACGAAUGGGUCUUAAUUUUGAACGGGUGAAAUACUGGCUAUCAGUUGGUGCACAGCCAUCGGAACCAGUUCAGCGUCUUCUCUUUAGACCAGGCUUGUUGCCACCACCACCGAUGAUGGCCAUGGGACGAAAAGGUGGACCAAGAGACAAUCGUCAGGUUGAUCCUAUGACGGGGCAUGUGACAUUUGAGAACUCUAAAAAUGAUCAAAAAGCUUCCCCUGUAGCGAAUGAAGAGGAUGGAAACUAAAAAUUUGCUAUGAUAUCUAGUCAGAAAUCAUAAGGUUGACAUGGGAUAUAGGUCUGUAAUCUAUUCCUGAAAAUCAAAGUAUUGGACCAUCUGUACUUGUGUUUUUAGAAUUCAAGUGCAGCUAGUGAAUAGCAUUUUUCACCCUUUUGGUGUUUGUUUUCCUCUUCUUUUCCCUACAUUUUAGCAGAAGUUAAUGUUAUUGCAUGGUGGUUCCUGCAUUUACAGCUUAUUGCAUAAAAAAAAAUGACAUGUCAUCA